AAUAAUAUCCCCCAAUUUUGUGCGGGUGUAUAUUGUCCUCCAAUCUCGUGGAUCUGUAAUAGCUGAAGCUAUUAGAAACAUGGAUAUUUCACCUCUCUUGUGGAUCUGAUAUUUCGAUCAUAAGUUGUAUCCUCCAAUCCAAUCUUGGAGCUAGCUUCCGAACAGCUUCUGCAUUAAGGAGUACUUAAGCAUACAUCAACAACAGAUCUUUUAAGUUUCAGCUUCUCUCUCUCUUUAAAUGGCCUCGAGCUCCCAAACACUUCCUUCGUCAUCAGCUCCUCAGUGGAAGCAUGAUGUGUUUCUCAGCUUCAGGGGUGAAGACACCCGGAAGGGUAUUGUAUCCUCUUUAUACCAUGAAUUGAAAACCAGAGGAAUACAAACAUUCAUGGAUGACCAAGGGCUUCAGCAAGGGAUGCCUAUUUCUCCAAGUCUCCUAACAGCGAUUGAGGAAUCCAGGUGUGCAGUCGUUCUUCUAUCCCCAAACUAUGCUUCUUCUACAUGGUGUUUGGAUGAACUUGCAAAGAUUCUCCAAUGCUCUGAAGCCAACAAGACACUGCUUCUGCCAAUUUUUUAUAAUGUGCGACAUCAAAAGGGAAGUUUUGCAGAAGCCUUCACUAAGCAUGAAGAGAGGUAUAGGCAAGGCUAUGAUGAUGCAGAGAAGGUGAACAAGUGGAGAGCUGCUUUAACACAAGUGGCCAAUCUCUCUGGGUUGGAUUCAAACAAAUUUGGGUCUGACAGAGAACUUGUCCAACGCAUUGUGGAACUUGUGCGCCAUGAUGUAAGGCCUAUUUCAAUAAUGUCGAGCAGCAAUUUUGAAGCGUUUGAAUCAACAAGAAAAGCCAUGAAUGAGCUGAUGGAGGCAUUAGAAGAUGAUGAGGUCGCUGCCAUUGGGGUCUAUGGAAUGGGAGGGGUUGGGAAGACAACCAUGGUGAAACAUGUCGGUGCACAAGCCCAAAAAAUGGGGCUUUUUGAUCGUGUGAUUAUGGCUGUUGUAUCCCAAACCCCAGAUACAAGAAAUAUUCAAGGCGCACUUGCGGAUCUGCUGGGCUUGAAAUUGGUGGAGGAGUCAGAAAGUGGACGAGCCGAUAGAUUGCAGAUGGAGAUACUUGGAAGAAAUAAGAUCCUUAUAAUCUUAGACGACAUUUGGAAUACACUUGACUUGUCAAGCAUUGGAAUUCCCAGCUACAACGAGCUUCAAAUCUGCAAUUCCAAACUGCUAUUCACCACAAGGAGAUUGAAUGUUUGCCAUACCAUGGAGAGCCAAGCAAAAAUUCAUCUCAAUAUCUUAUCAGAAGAUGACGCUUGGAACUUGUUUUUGAAGAAGGCAAGAAGGUCUUUUCAAAAGUCUAGCCCUUUCUAUGAAGUAGCCAGAAAGGUAGCUAGAGAAUGUGCUGGUCUCCCAGUUGCAUUGAUUGCAGUUGCGAGGGCACUUGGAGAUAAAGAGCUUGAAGACUGGAAAGAAGCAGCUCGACAACUUGAGAUGUCUCAACCUGCCAACCUUGACGAGGACAAAGAUGUGUUCAAGUGCAUUAAGUUGAGCUAUGAUUACCUUGACAGUGACGACGCCAAGUCUUGCUUCUUGCUUUGCUGCCUAUUCCCAGAAGAUUAUAACAUCCGUGUUGAAGACUUGAUGAGCUAUGGGUUCGGAACAGGGUUGUUUCGACAUGUCAACAGCACAAUAGAAUAUGCCAUAGUCAGAGCACAUUCGGUUACUAGAUACCUUAAAGCUUCUUGUCUGCUUUUGGAUGGGGCAGAAGAAGGAUAUGUAAAGAUGCAUGAUGUCAUUCGAGAUACAGCCAUAUCCAUUGCAUUCUCUGUAGAUGGCCACGCCUCUUUGGUGAAAACUAAUUGUCAUUUGAAAGAUUGGUCGAUGGAUGCGGGCGAAGGCUACUCAGCAAUCUCACUAAUCAAGAGCAACAUUUGCAAGCUUCCCAACAAGUUGGUAUGUUCAAAACUUCAGAUUUUAUUGCUACAAAACAAUGCUGAUAUAAGAGAGAUCCCAAUAACCUUUUUUCAAAGCCCCAAUGAUUUAAGGGUCUUAGAUCAUAGCAACACUGGCAUUUCAUCACUGCCCCCAUCAUUCAGUCUCCUAACCAGACUCCAAGCUUUGCAUUUAGAUGAUUGCAAGUCCAUGAUUGACAUAUCCAUACUUGGAAAACUGAAAAAGCUUGAGAUUCUUAGUAUGAGACGCUGUUACUCUAUUAAGAAAUUUCCAAAGGAGAUUGGAAAUUUGACGAAUUUAAGAAUGUUGGACUUGACUGGAACCCGUUUUGAGACAGUUCCCUCUCAAGUGAUAUCAAGGUUGUAUAGAUUGGAAGUACUGUACAUGAUAUGUUAUUUUGGCGAGUGGGGUUGUAAAGCUGCGGGAGGCUGCUUGUGUUUUCUUUGUAAGAAUGCUAGCUUUGAUGAGUUAAUUGGCUUGUCAAGUUUAAACACUUUGCAGGUUGCUGUAUGUGGUGCAGAAUGCUUGCCUCAAAACGUUGAGUUCAAUCCAAAUUGGGACAGGUUUUGUAUAAUUAUCCAAAGAUACGGCACGUACAAUUUUCGCAUUUAUGACGAGGGCUUCCCACAUCGUUUUUCAAGAACAUUGAUCACGGUCGAAACCAUGAAUAACUUACCCGAUUGGUUCAUCAGUGUAGUGACAGAAAGAACAGAUGAUUUAUGGUACAGAGGUCGCCAUGGCUUAACUAACCUUCUCGAGGAACACGACCGUGGGAGAUUACAUGGACUCAAGUAUUUGCGUAUAGAUUCUUCCGAAUAUGCCAAAGUGUUGUUGAACACAAUAACAUGGACUAGGGUGUCAAAUGAACCUGUGUUUGAGAACUUGGAAGAGUUGAAAAUCUUCAGGUGUCACUUGGAGGAGCUAUGUGUCGGUGAAUUACCACCUGGCUCUCUACGUAAUCUUAAGAAACUGAUGAUGGGUGCGUGUGAUUGGUUGGUGAAACCGCUUUUACCGUCAAAGUUGUUGCACAGAUUAGAGAGUCUGGAAGAACUAGGUUGUUUUAAUAUGCGGGCAAUGAAAUAUGUGUUUGGAUUUGAAGGGCAUGAACCACAACACGUUGUCUUGACGAGGCUGAGAAUGAUUUCAUUGACAUUCAUGGACAGCUUAAUAAGCAUAUGGGAUGGUCCUGCUCCAUCUGGAAUCUUCCAGAGUCUCAAAAUCUUUUCCUUGGUUGAUUGCCAGAAACUGGAAUAUCUCUUCACAUCUGAUGUAGCUCGAUGUCUUUUGCAAUUGGAAGACGUUUUGGUAGAGAAAUGCAAUAGCUUGGACAGAAUAAUUGAAGCGAGUGAGGAAAUAGAGAGCAACAAGAUCGUUCUUUCACAGUUGAAGAACUUGUGUUUAAAAGGUCUUCCAAAGCUCACAAGGCUGUCCAGUACAAGCAGCAGUACUAUUGAUAUUAAAAUCGAGUGCCCUACAUUGGAACACUUACAUGUCUCUGCGUGCCCCCAGUUAUCAAUCUCUGCUUCUGAUUUCAACAGCAGCAACGAAGUCCAACUAGAUGAUCACCAGCAUUGGCUCACACUACGGAAUAGGAUCGACGACAUGAGUUUCUGCUCACCCUCUCUACUUCGGAGGAGUGUGGUGGAACGGGCAGUGACUCGAUACCAGUUAAAAAAGCUGCUGACUUGAGAGACGGAACCGACUGAACCAACUGAAUUGUAGACCAACAGAUGCCGUCAGGAUUUCCGUUAGAUUGACCGCGUCAACUCACAUAGGACAGGGAAGAUGAAACUGUAAAGUAUGAAGUUAUCACAGGGGCUUUUAGGGGAGAAAGAGAGAGGCAGCUGCAUCGAGGAGGAGAUAUUGUGGUCGUUGAAGUCUUCAGAAACCAUAAACCUGCAAACAAACCAUAAGAAUGAGAAGAAAGGGUCAGAUGUAUCAAAACAGGGCGAAUUUCCAACCCACUUUGUUGCCACUGAAGUAGAUCGGCUGGGCUUUGCUAUCGUCAAUCACAAUCUCGGACAAGCAGGUGCUAGGCUCAAUGGGUAUUUUUGUUUUUGCCCCUCAAUUCAUAGCUCACUGUAAUCAGCUAUCAGUUUGAAGAAAAUUCCGCUACUCAAGUAUGGUGAUUUCAAGAAUUAGAGUAGACUUUUCAGUCAUCAGGAUCUUUGGAUCAUAAAGCUGAGCAAGAUAAACCACUAUCUCCAAUAUAAGGGGAGCGGCAGGUGGAUGGGACAUGUUCAUGUUUAAUUGUUGUUCAAGACUACCUUGCUUCUACCUUGCUUACAAGCACAAACCUUGUACAGAAAUCCAUAUAUAGAAUUCCUUAAUCUUGUUGUGGAUCUAUUCCUUGCAUGUAAAUAGAAAUUGUGUGAGACUUCCUUGUAGAAAUCACUUUCAUCGUAUAGAACUUGUGUAUAAAUUACUUCCUUGCAUA